AAUUAUUAAUUUUUACUUUCAAUUCGUUUGUUCCAAAUUUAUUUAUUUACUUUUUACCUGUUAGAUAUCAACUAAAAUUUGUCAUUUAGUGAAGGAGAGAGCGUUUUAUAAAAAAAAUUAAAUGUCGUUACGAAAUAAAAUAUGUUAAGUUAAAGUUUUAAGUAUUGAUCCGAGAACAUGACAUAUGUUAUUGAACUGACAGAUAAUAAUAUAAAAAUAAUGGGUCUGCUGAAUCACUGCACCAAAUUUCAACUGGUUUUUAUGGCAGUGUUUUUUGCCUUGAUGCUAUCCUAUAUGUUACAUAAGUACGUAAACAAUAAAUAUGUCAGUAAUCAUCAUAGGACGUCACAAAAUAAUUACAUGGGAAAUUAUGCAGACCCUUUUCUGGAAUCCACACUUCUGCUUGAGAAAAUACAUAAAAUUGAAGAUGGUACAAACAAAAUGACAACGACCAAUGUUCUUGACUUUGAUAUGCUAAAAGGUUCACUGACUGAUAAUAUCAAUGGCGAGGACAUUGUGUUGAAACAUCCAGCAGAAAUUAAUUCAUUUGAUUUUAAUAAUAAUUACACCCUCGUCCAUAAAGAAGGUGGUGUUGUCAUUCAUGAUUAUAAGAAAGAUAUUAGUAAAAUUGCCAAACUUGAUGAUUAUACCAGCAAUGAAAAUGAUAACAUGUAUGGUGAGCAUGACAAGUUCGUAGAAUUACAAAAUUAUUCAGAGUUCAAUCAUAUAAUUAGGAAUGAAAAUGUCUUUGUGUUGGAAUCUAAUUUCACUCAGAGCUUCUUGAUGAGAUUAAGAAACUUUAAUGAUUAUAUUUCUCAGUACAGAGCAGAUAUUUUAUCAAAGAGAGCUUUCAAAUCCUGGCAAGAUGUUGAACCACCAAAUAAGUUACAAGUCCUGUGGGGAAGGGAUGAUGGCUUUAUCAACAAAUUGUUGUCAGUACCUAACAUUAAAUUAAUUGUUUUGCCAUGGAUCAAAUAUGAUACCGAGUUUGAUGGGAAAAAUGUCUUGUACCCUUUUUAUUACAAUUGGAGUGCUUCAGAUCCUUUGUGUCGAUGGAUUAAAAUGGAAAAGUUUACAAAAGCUCACUGGGAUGCAGUUUAUGGAAAAAAGUGCAAUAAAAAUAUUGCUAGAGGCAUAUUACCAACUAAACUUGAAUUCAUGUAUUUUCAUUCAAGACCUGUCAAUCAACUUCACUAUUGGCCUAAUGAUGGGCUGUCUUAUCCGAGCUACUAUUUCAACGAACCGCCUCCGUAUGCUUUAUAUUUAACAGUCAUUCAAGAUGCUGUGAUAAACUUGGUAGGAGAUGUCAUUACAGGAUCUUACAAAAUUGUUCCAUUCACAUGCAGUCACGACAAUAUUCCAACAAUACCCAUUGAAUAUCCAGAGUCAACUGUCUACAAGGAAGUUUUUAUUGUCACUCAAUUCUGGGGAACCUCUUAUUUUCAUAAGUUGAUUGAAGUCAUGCCAAGAUUAGCCCCUUACAGAAAGUUCUUGAAGGACAAUAAACAGGUCCUGAUCCACGCACCUGAAGAAAGGAGACAGGUGUCUGAAAUGUUGAACAUAUUAGGGAUCAAUUCUGAGAGGAUUAUAACAGGUGUUGUCAGAGCAAAAGUGGUCUACCUACCACAGGGCACUCCUUGUGGCUUCCCACAAGUGCAAGGUCUCCAAUUGCUUUCACAUUAUAUGAAGUUGUCCUUAAAUAAGAUGCAAAACAACAUUACUGUCAAUACUGACAAUUCAAAUAAAAAUAAAGCACACAAAUCUUUAUUACCAAAACAACUGCUUUUGAUAAAACGAUCUGGAUUGCGUCGUUUUCGUCAGCAAAAAGAAAUAGAGAAUGCUGUUAAAACUUUUUGUGGUAGAAAUAAUUUGACGUUUGUUUUGUUCGAUGACAAUCCAGUUCCAUCGUUACCCGAGACAAUGUCCAUCUUUCAUUCGUCAUCAUUUGUGGUGGCUCCACACGGGGCUGGCUUGGCAAACGUCAUGUUCUGCAAGCAGGGAAGCAUCAUCAUUGAAGGGGUGUGCAACCCUCCACACGUUAAUAUGUGCUACCAAUUCGUUUCUCACGUGUUGGGUAUGAGGUACCACGCUAUUCCAUCCAAGUCUGGCUGUGAGGGCUUCAUCGACAUCAAUCCACAAAUUAUAAUCAAUGUUUUGCAGGCAUUUUUUGAUUUUGAUGUGCCUAUGUAA